UUGGCUUUGGCACGGGGGGCGUUUUGGUCGUGGGCCCUUUCUGCCUUGGGGUCUGUAUGCGUUAUCUCCGUGUGCAGGUUAGACGCGUCUCCGAAGGCAGGUGGGAGUGACUCCCGGAAGUGCAGAAACGGAAAACGGGUUGUGUUGUUAUUCUAUGUGUCAGGCUUGGCAAGUGUCAGGAGGUGGCGUGGCUGGUACCAGCACUCAGAUUUGCACAGAAUAGACGAAGAGUUGGCUUCGAGGUCAUCUGGAAGCAUGUCGUUCCGGGUCGUUAGCACCACCGGGGGUGAAAACCAGGCCCGUCGUGCUCUUUGAGUUGUCUGAACACCGUACCCUCGGACAGCUGGUGAGGAGGCCUUUGUUGAAGAAUCGAAGCCUGUCGUUCUGAACGGGCAGGUUCUGGCCCUCCCCGCGUGAUACAUGGGGAGCUGGCUUCUGGGUAGCCGGCUUUGGCAGGGGAGGUUGUGGCUGCCCUGAGCCCCUGCUUUCCUGCCUCCAAGGCAGGAGUGAUGCUGAAGAUGAGAUACCUCGGUUUGCCCUCCCUGCACUCUUUUGGUCAGUUAGGGGGUCCAAGCACCUGGAUCCCCGGCUGUAGAUGAAUGUUCCCUCAGUGCGUGAACGUUAAGAGUUCCUUCCUUUUCCUCAUUUCCUCCAAGGAUUCCGAGAGGAGAGAGGUGAACCUGUUGGGCACCUGAGAUAGGCUUCCCGACUCCAAGUGAGUUUCGGCUCCAGGAGUUAAGGCGGCGGUGUGCGGACUGCCAGGUGGGGCCCAUCAGAAUAAUGUUGAGCGUCAACCCCCUGGAGAACCUGAAGCUGUACAUCAGCAGCCGGCCUCCCCUGGUGGUCUUCAUGAUCAGCGUAAGCGCCAUGGCAAUCGCCUUCCUGACGCUGGGCUACUUCUUCAAAAUCAAGGAGAUUAAAUCACCGGAGAUGGCAGAGGAUUGGAACACGUUUCUGCUACGGUUUAAUGAUUUGGACUUGUGUGUAUCAGAGAAUGAAACACUAAAGCAUCUCACAAAUGACACCACAACUCCAGAAAGCACAAUGACCAGCGGGCAGUCCAGAGUGUCCACCCAGUCCCCCCAGGCCCUGGAGGAUUCAGGCCCCGUUAACAUCUCAGUUGCAAUCACCCUAACCCUGGACCCACUCAAGCCUUUUGGAGGGUACUCUCGCAACGUCACCCAUCUGUACUCGACCAUCUUGGGGCAUCAGAUUGGACUGUCAGGCAGGGAGGCCCACGAGGAGAUAAACAUCACCUUCACACUGCCCACCGCCUGGAGCUCUGACGACUGUGCUCUCCACGGGCACUGUGAGCAGGUGGUGUUCACGGCCUGCAUGACCCUCACAGCCGCGCUCAGUGUGUUUCCUGUCACCGUACAGCCGCCACACUGUGUCCCUGACACGUACAGCAAUGCCACACUCUGGUACAAGAUCUUCACAACUGCCAGAGAUGCCAACACAAAAUACGCUCAAGAUUACAAUCCUUUCUGGUGUUACAAGGGGGCCAUUGGAAAAGUCUAUCACGCUUUAAAUCCCAAGCUCACAGUUAUUGUUCCAGAUGACGAUCGUUCUCUCAUAAACCUGCACCUCAUGCACACCAGCUACUUCCUCUUUGUGAUGGUGAUAACCAUGUUUUGCUACGCCGUGAUCAAAGGCCGGCCAAGCAAGUUACGUCAGAGCAAUCCUGAGUUUUGUCCUGAGAAGGUGGCUUUGGCUGAAGCCUAAUCCCCCAUCUCCUGUUUUUCUGAGAGAGACUGAGAGAACCAUAAUCAUUGCCUGCUGACCCCAGCCUGGGCCUGGACACUCUGUGAAUACAUUGUCUUGCAAUGUUGGGUUAUUCCAGCCAAAGACAUUUCAAGUGCCUGUAACUGAUUUGUACAUAUUUAUAAAAGUCGAUUCAAAAUUGGUCCAGUGAUGCACGUGCUUUGCUCUGGGUGCAGCCAGAACCCUUCAGCCUCACCGGUGGACUGCAGAGUGCUAGGGAGUGUGCGUGGAUCUGGCGGCCUCUCGGAGCAGCUCAUGUCCGCACCGAGGCCACGAUGUCUGCACCGAGGCCACGGGGGCAUUUGUGGCUGGUGGUGAUUGAGGUUUGCUUUGGUUCUGCCCAGUAUGUACAGAACGUUUGAACCGGUCUGCACCUUUGCUAUGAUAGUGCAUUUUCGAAGCCACCAGUCCAUUUUGUGGAUUUUAUGUGUCUGUGGCUAAAUAACCCUCGUAACAACGAUAAUGCAGUCUCCUCCGUUUUGCUUGCAAGGAAACAUACCUAUCUUCCUAAGUUUUUUUUUUUAAGAAAAUAAAA